AUGGCGGUUGUCCUUCCACCCUCUCCGUCCCCCUGUUUCUACUCGGCUCUCUUCACAAUCGUCUUGCCAUUCUGGUCCGUUAUCCCGCUUUCCUGGACUUUUGUCGUCUACUCGCUAUACACUGGGAGGAUAUGGGCCUACGGAUAUCUAGGUCUGACAUCCUUUGCGUUUGCCCUGUGCGAGGUUUUCUUUAGCGUCUACCAUUGGCAGCUAGCGCGUUACAUCUCCACUGUAGCACCCAAUGCGCCCGCACCCUACCACGAGAUCCAAGCCGCACUCACCCGUUUGUUGCAAACUGGACUUGCCGGCCUCCCUGAGGACGGAGGCGAUCACGAAUCCUUGUUUGUCGAGCGACCAGGCAGCCCAGAAGAAGACAUCAUUCAGCUAGACUUCGACGACCCCAGAGCGGUCGAUUUCCGCGACUGCCUUAGAACAUGGUUCCAAAAGGUUCCCUGGUCAGACGUUAAACUCAACGACAUCCGGAAAUGGCUUUACUGGUCACUCUACAACGCCGAGAUGGGCCAGUACGACUCUUUGGACGAAUCCCAGAGGGAAAAACUAGACCAUGCGCUGGACCUGCUUGAGAAGCGUAUGGGGUGUAAAGUCGAGGAUGGCCCGGGGAUCAGCGUCACGCCUAUGCGCCUCACCAUCGACCCCGUCCAAAUUUGGGGCAGGCCUUUCGUCUUCUAUGCUCUCAUCAAGUCCAUAAACUGGACUCUGCAAAAGUACCUCCUCCGCAUCCCACAAGGAUGGAACUACCUUUCUUCACCCCGCCCCCUUGUUUUCAUUCACGGACUAGGGAUGGGCCUCAUGCAAUAUCACCUUCUCAUCUCCCACAUGCUUGAAUCCAUCUCGGAUAGGCCAAUCCUCAUCAUCCUACAACCCCACAUCAGCCAGGAUAUCUUUCAUCCCCGGUUCCUCACUCCUAUGAGCAGACAUCAGAUGUCUCAUAAACUCGCUGCUCUCCUGAAGGAUCUCGGAUGGACCCACGUUGAAUACGAGGACGAUGAUUUCAAUGAUGAAGAGGAGAGGAAGAUUGCUAAAACCUUGAUGGAGCACAAGAGAGGCAUCACCAUGCUCAGUCAUUCCAACGGCUCUUAUACCCAUGCAUGGAUGCUUAAGGAACAUCCUCAUCUAGUAACCCGCUCCUGUUUUGUCGACCCAGUGACAUUCUGUUCAUGGGAAGGAGAUGUGUGUUACAACUUUAUUUAUCGCACGCCGAAAACGGGAAUGCAACUCCUCAUGAAAUAUUUCGUGGGCACUGAACUUGGCGUGGCCAACCUGCUCCAACGACAUUUCGACUGGGUGUCCAACUCACUCUGGUAUGAAGAAAUUCCAAAUGCUCGUGACCCAUCCAAGACUCUCUUCCUUCUCGGUGGCAGGGAUGAAAUCGUCCACUCGGAGCGCGUCCGUCGGUACCUCCGCUCGCACGGCGUGCGCAAAAACCUUUGGUUUGAUCCCGACGCGAAACAUGGUGAAGCGCUCAUGACAGGGAGCCCAGGGCAUACAGAGAUCUUACGUUGGUUGAACGAGGGAAGCUGAAAUAGAUGGUCAUUAUGAUGGACCUUUUUAAGAGACUACACUGUUAUAACGACAUAGCUCGAGCGGCGGGCGACGAAUUAUUUAUCACUAUUAGAGACAAAUCGGGAGCUAAAGAUCCCUAGAACUAAUUGAUUUCCACCUGCAUU